CGUGCCAGACGUCCGGAAGAUUUAAUCCUUCAUUCAACUACAAUGGACCCUUCGCAUCAGCCAGCUCAUCCUGGUUGCCCCAUCAUGUCCUCACCUCACCAUCCUCGUCCGUCUCUCUCCCCAAGGCCAAUGGCCGCUGAUGUCAUGGAAAGCUAUCGCCGCUUCCAGCUACUUCAUAUCACCCAUGAGCUCGUUACGUGUCUGGAACAGCUCUGUUCUCCUGACCUCCCCGAGCAUCCUCAUCUGCUGUUCCAUAUUGUGAGAGGGCCUCUUACUAGCACGUCCUCGACUCAAACCCUUCUGCCUAACCUCGUGGAUCAGAGAACCCAAACUGAUGGCUUGCCUCAUGCCUAUAUCCGUCCUCUCAGUCCUGCCUUGGCAUCUCCUCCCUCUGAUUCCGGCCCUGGAACCCCAGAUUACAUUCCUUCUUCUCCCUCUGAUUAUGGCCCUGGAUCCCCAGACUAUUCCCCUACUUCGCCCUCCGAUUACUGA